GCCGGCUGCUUCACGUUGGACCAAAGCGGUGUCAGUCAGCGGCAAGUGUCCAAUGUGCGUCCGGCUGCGUCUCUAACCAAAGGCACUGAGCUCUCUGCUGGCAAGAAGGGGCAGGUCGCCGAUCAGCGACGAAUCAAGAAGCGAAGUCUGGCUGUCAGUCAGAGGGUGUGGGCCAAUUGAGCAGGCGGGCGUGUUGUACGAUCCUUGCCCCCCUCCCGCUGCUAGGGACUUGGCUCCGCUAAAGCUCUGCAAAGUAGCUGCAACCUGAUCAGUUUGGAAGUGCGAGUCAUGGCCACCACAGCUUCGGCUCAUUACAUUCCGAGGAAUAACUCGCUCCACUCUAACUCUUUGGUGCAUCCGGACUCUGACAGGAUGCAUCCAGGAACUACCUAUAGAGAAGUUCAGAAAAUGGUGCAAAAUGACUACUUGCAUGGGCUGGCCAGCAAUGGGCAUCCCAUUACGCACAGCCACCAGUGGCUGUCUUCUGUCACUGACGGGGCACCUUGGGUCACCGCUUCUCACCUCGGACAGCCAGACCCAGUAAAGGCCACUGUGCAGACAGCCAGGGAUGACCUUGGAAACAGCCUUCAUCACCGGACACAUCAUAUGGUCCAUCAACAGACUCAUGGCAACCACCCUGGCGGCGGCUGGGGAACGGCGGCGGCGCAUCACAUCCCGGGGAUGCCACCAUCCACUAACGGCCACCAACCGCUCAUCUACUCGCAGCCGGGGUUCACCAGCCUCAAUAGCAUGCUGAGCCCACAAACCCAGUCUCUCCACCAUGGGAUGACGGAUGCACUCCACGAGGAUCCAGGUGGCCAUGACAACCACCAGCAGCAUCCUCCGCAACAUCACCAGGACCACUCGGAUGAAGAUGCGCCCACGUCAGAUGACUUGGAGCACUUUGCAAAGCAGUUCAAACAAAGGAGGAUCAAGCUCGGCUUCACCCAGGCGGACGUGGGCCUGGCCCUGGGCACACUGUACGGCAACGUUUUCUCCCAGACCACCAUCUGCAGGUUUGAAGCCUUGCAACUCAGCUUCAAGAACAUGUGCAAACUGAAGCCCCUGUUGAACAAAUGGCUGGAGGAGACUGACUCCACCUCGGGGAGUCCCACCAGCAUAGACAAGAUCGCUGCCCAGGGGAGGAAGAGAAAGAAGCGGACGUCCAUUGAGAUAGGAGUGAAGGGGGCGUUGGAGAAUCACUUCUUAAAGUGCCCCAAGCCAUCGGCUCAUGAGAUCACCAGCUUGGCUGACAGUCUGCAGUUAGAGAAAGAAGUGGUCAGAGUUUGGUUUUGUAACAGAAGACAAAAAGAAAAGCGGAUGACCCCAGCCGGGAUCCCCGGGCACCCAGGGAUGGAGGAUGUAUAUUCACAAAGGGACACUCCGCCGCUUCAUCACACACUGCAGUCCCCUGUUCAAUGACUCUUCCAAACACACACCCACUUCCCACCAAGAAAAAAAGACUAAAAAAAAAUUAAACUGGAUUUUACAAAGCAAAAAAAAAAACUGUCUGAAAAAGGGAUCUAGCCAGUGU